AUGAUUGACGAACUGCUGGUUCACAUCUCUGCCCCAACUACGCGACAAAGCGACCAACUCUACCAGUCUUUGGCCGAUGCCUAUCUUACAUUUGAGGCAGAUUUAUCCCAUCGGGGAAGUUCCCGACAUAUUGAUGUUGCGAAUCAAUCUGCCCCGCCCAGGCUAAAUGAUGUUACGGCUCUAGAUCAAGGGAGUUCAUUCCAAGGCAUCGCAGACACUUCCAACUUAUCUAUAAGCAAAGAUUCCUACGGUAGCUUCCCGUCACAUUUAUCUUUGGAUGGACUCAAGAACCAUGAGAAUACUACUGUUCGGUCCGAUGGUCGUCUAGUCAAAGAUGAUUCACCGCUCACGUCCGGUCGACUUGCUCAAUCAGAGCAUGCACGCCAUGAUGGGAAAUACCGAAGGAACCUCAGGUCGAGCUCCAUCAAGGGAAACCCGCUAGCGGAAAAGGCUCCAGGUACUCCAGGCGAUGUCGACCUGGGCUUUGUUGAGGACACGCAGCCGGCUACUGGAGUUCUCCAAAGUCAAUUACAGGACAGCUAUCUGAAGGGCUAUGACGAUACAUCUGCAAGUGGUACGGAUGAAGAACGAAUUCAAGAUAGCACUAUUGAGGCGUUAGUCACAACAACACCUAAUACGAAAGAAGGCUUUCCAGAACGGCGACGAAGUAUGCGCUUAAAAGCGGCGAGUAUCGUAUCAGAGACGCCCAUGCCUACUGCGAAGCUGUCUGCAAAACCCAAUGCUACUGCAACAUCCCAGAGGCCUGUCAGUCUAGACGAUGCUUUGAAUCCAUCGUCGCCAGCAUCAUGGCAUACGACCUGUGAGGAAAAAGACCCUGAAGAUAGUAGCCAAAUCGCUCCACCUAUAGAUUUCUCCAAGCUUGAGAUCGACGUCUAUCCACCAGAACCUAAGAUAUCAACAGAGCGACCGGGCACUCUGCCUUCUCAAAUCACUCCACAACUAGCAGCACUCAAGCAGCAAAAUCCAAAGCGUUUCAAGCCAAUCAGGAUAGUGAAGAAGCCGAAACCCGAUGAUCGUGGAUAUUGGUCAGUCAGCUGUUCGCACUGGAGCGCGCAGCUUCAGCAGGCAUUUUGGAACGACCUGUGUGAGCAAGUCACGAGUGGGAAACUCGGCUGGGGCGUGAUGCUGUACCGAGAAGGUCGCACUUCUCGCUCAUUGGGCCAAGUGAAGCUGUAUUGCUGGGGAGAGAUAGUAGAGCAUACAUGGUUGGUCUUGUGGCUGUGUUCUAAAGGGAAAGUAUCGAGCUCGGGACUGGAAUGGAUUGACGCUGAUGGAAAUCCGGCGUUUUUAAUGUCCUGA